AUGUCUAAUAUCAUUCAUAUUAAGCCAGAACUGGAAGAUGAAAUAAUAUUUAUAAAAAAGGAAGAAAGCUCUAGUUCCAAUCCUACCUCAGCAGCAUCUUUUUCUACAAAUGUCUGUUCGAUUUCCCAAAGUCAAAGUGAAUCAAUUGAAAUCAAGUCUGAUUCGAAACCAGAGAUUCAGUUGUCGAAUCGAAAUAAAAAGGAUGGUUGCUUGAGGCAAUCUUUGACGAGAAACAAACAACGUCGUCCCAACAAUAAGAACAAUAAGAAGAAUAAUCCCAAAGCGUAUGGCAGUGGAAAAUUAUCUUCAAAAUGGACCAGCGAAGAAGAGAAAAUCCUUUUCGAUGCUUGGAAGGCGAAUCCACCUAAUUUUACUAAUCUUACUUUAGAUUUACCAAACCGAGACCGUAGAAAUAUAAAAAGGAAAUUUGAUAAAAUAGUCGCUAUUAUUUAUAAUUAUUUCAAAAUUGAGUAG